GGAGAGCAGAGCUGCUACCUACUGCAAAAGCUGUAACCUUAACACUUGAAGAUUUUUUUAACACUUCCCAUUUUGUUCUUUAUCUGCCUGCAACAAAUAACAGCAAGUUUUCAGUGGAAUGUGAAUUCCUAAAUGAAGAACUGAGAACCACACAGUUGCCUCUUCCAUAUGCAUUUCCAUUUGGACUGUCAUUAAGUCACAUCAAGAUUAAUUCUUCUGGACUCAUUAAUGUUUUAAAUCUUCAAGGGUUCAAUAAGAUAUACCAGGCUUUUAACAUCAUAAUCAAGAGAAAUUGUACUCAAUCAAUAGAAAUGAAAUCUACUAUUUACAGAUUACAUGUGCCAUGGUCACAUGAGGAUGUCAUUAGAGUACCAAGUGAUGAACUACCACUUCAGCUGUCUGCCAAGUUGCAUGUUCCUCAACCCCAAAAUGACAGUAGGAUGGUAAAAUUAACUCUGUACACAUCUAAAGAUUGCCAUUAUGAGGUAACCAUUUAUACAUCAUUAGUACAAAUGCUCGGACAGAUCAUCAGAUGUCAUUGGCCAUCACUUCAUGUUUAUAUUGUUUCUAACCUGCUUCUUGCGUUUGGUGCACAACUGUAUACAAUAUCCAACAAAGGGUGCAGUUUAGAAUUUGAUGCAUCAUUGGAUGUUGCUGCUAAACCAUACAAGGUUGAUCCUGUUGUCAAUAUUUGUCGAAUUCUUCUCAGUUAUGAUUGGCUCAGAGAUAUCUGGGAUAGCUUAUUGCUUCCACGUCUUGAUUCAUCAGAGUUAUAUUCCAUGAAUCUUCUGUUUCCUCUGGGAUCUGUAUUCCUUUUCAUGCUUGGUACUGGUAUAGCAUAUUGGAGUGGAAUAUUGUUAAAGUCAACAAUUGGAAUACUUUCAUCAACGUGGAACACAUUGAAAAGCAGAAGCACUCAUUUUCCGAAAGAGACCAAAAUUUGGACAAACAAGCUGCUUGCAGAAGCUUUGGUCUUCUCAUUUGUUGCUUGGAGGACCUGUGGUGCAUUUGCUAUUUUAUUUUUGUUUCUUCGUUAUAUGAUUAAGGUUGUCAAGUUGCAGUCUAAUCUGUGGAGACUACUAAAUUCUGAAAAUGUUGCUACAAGUCAUAUGUCUGCCAGCAAACCCACAAUUUCCCGAAUUAAGGAGAGUUCUAAUACAGCAGAAAAUGUUGUUGAAUCAAUCCUUAGUCCACAGAAAGAAGCACUAGAUGUUCCACUUCAUACUUCUGAUUUAAACACAGCUUCUGAAACCAUAAAGAUGCACGUUUCAGUCUUGAACUUACUGUUAUGGCUAACCCUAUUGACUUUACCUUGCUUUAUUUACUGGUUCAAGAAUUUAAGGCACAAGAAACACAUAUGCUUUCUGUACCCUAACUGUAGGCCAAGCAGCAAUGCUACUACUUUCAGAAAUAAUAUUCAACUGGACCCUGAUCCUUUGAGAAUUUUGGCAAUAAUACUCAUCUUUACAGUACAGAUUUUGAUGAACUCCACGUUAUUUUCAAUAAAAUCCAGCAAACUCUUGAAGAUUACAGCUCGGCUUCAACUCCCCUUUUCAGUAUUAGCUGUGGCAUUUGGACAGCUGCAUUUAUACAGAGUACCUUAUUUUAUUACUUUAUCGCUUUUUCUACAUUCAUUGUCAUGCUUUAUAUAAUAGAGAUGCUGUUUGAGUCUAAGCUUAAAUUUUUGCAAUAUGUUAAAUAAAUUUACCAUAGAACUACCGGUAUAUAAUUUCUAUUUCAAUUUUCCAAUUUUCCUAGGAUUUCGUAUUUGUAUAUUAAUAAUUUAGGAAAAUACUAUAUAAAAUAUUCUGUUGAAAACUAAAUAAUCUCUUUGAGGUUUACACAAUUUGUAUACAGAAUGUUUUAAUUGCAUUUUGUAGCACUGUUUAUUGUACACAUAAGGGUUCAUAUUGUGGUGUACUUUUGUCGCAUAUUCAGUCGCAAAGGAGAUUUGUGGCUCAAUCUGCGACUUUUCCCUGUUCGGGUGGCUGAGGUGGCGGAAAUGUGGCUGGGUAAGGACAUGUUAUUUAUCAUUUUCUACACCCAUUUUUGGUGUAGAAAAUUACUUAAAGGGA